AGCGGAAGUGAAGCAGGUUUCCUGACGGAUCAGCGGUUAACAGCUUCGAUCAGCAGCUAACUAGCAGUUCAACCAGUUUCCAGGAGGACCAGACCACCGGACAGAAGUCACCAUGACAGCCGCUCCCUACAACUACUCCUACAUCUUCAAGUACAUCAUCAUCGGAGAUAUGGGCGUCGGGAAGUCAUGUUUGCUUCAUCAGUUCACAGAGAAGAAAUUCAUGGCCGACUGUCCUCACACCAUCGGCGUGGAGUUUGGGACCAGGAUCAUGGAGGUCCACGGUCAGAAGGUGAAGCUGCAGAUCUGGGACACGGCGGGUCAGGAGCGCUUCAGGGCCGUCACCAGGUCCUACUACCGGGGGGCGGCGGGGGCCCUCAUGGUCUAUGACAUCACCAGGAGAAGCACCUACAACCACCUGAGCAGCUGGCUGACCGACGCCCGGAACCUGACCAACCCGAACACGGUGAUCAUCCUGAUCGGGAACAAGGCGGACCUGGAGGCUCAGAGGGACGUGACGUACGAAGAGGCCAAGCAGUUCGCCGAGGAGAACGGUCUGCUGUUCCUGGAAGCCAGCGCCAAGACAGGAGAGAACGUAGAGGAGGCGUUCCUGGAGGCGGCCAAGAAGAUCUACCAGAACAUCCAGGACGGCAGUUUGGACCUGAACGCGGCCGAGUCCGGCGUCCAGCACAAGCCGUCGGCGCCGCAGAGCGGCCGGCUCAACACCGACAGCCAGCCGGCCAAGGAGGGCUGCAGCUGCUAGCUUCAGAACCGGACCGGUACCGGACCCGACCGGCACUGCCACGCAGAGCCACAACCGGUUCCAUCAGAACCCAAAUCACUGAUCCAAUCAGCUUCACUAAAUCAUGUCUCUGAUCCCCCUCUGGUACCAGAACCAGUCUAGCUCAGAAUCCGGACCCGUCUCAGAACAAAAGACCAGACCUCAGUCCGAUCAGAACCAAAGCCGGGUCACUAGGGACUCCCAGCUGAACCCAGAAGGUUCUCCGGUACCGCUCCACAUCCACAUGUCAGACAUGUAAAACAGAACCAGGUCCCAAACCGGGCUGUCCAGAUCCCAAAAAUCAGAACCAUCUGGAUUUCCAUCCGGGUCGAUCCAGAACCUUUUGAACCACAAAUUCUGGGUUUUCUGACUGGUUCCGAGUUUCUUUUGGUUCUGGUCUCGACCCGGGUUUGGCGACUCCAGAUGUUUAUUCAAUUUAAUAAUAAAAAUAAAAAAUAAUCGUCCUGGUUCUGAAAGUCCAACAUCCAGUCGAUACACCCAGAUUCCGGGUCGCUGGUUCUGCUGCAGCACAGAACAGAGAAUAACGAUAAUAAUGAGUUAUUAUUAAAAUAUUAAUUAAAAUAAUAUUUUAUAAAAUCAACUUCAAUUGGACUCUUCCAGAACCAACUAACAGGCCCGGUUCUGCUGUGAGCCCAGAUAACAUCGGAUCAGGAAGAACCAGAACCGGAUCUUUAAUGAAAUGGUUUUAGCCAAAUGAUUCCUGGCGGCGCCCCCCGGUGGCCGGAGUGGAACCUGCUUAAAGCCAUUGCAGUUCACUGAUCGGAUCGCUUCAAGACCGGGUUCUGGUUCUCCCAGACGGGCCGACAUUUACUGGACUUCUGGAAAUAAAAACCGGAUGAAUCUUAAAAGUGCGUCUCACUGACAGGAAUCUGACCUUUGACCUGCUGUGGCUUUUUUGGAUCCAGUUUCCCAUAAGGAACCGGUUCAGUUCUGACCCAUCACUCCCUUUUGACCCAGCUGAUUCAGUUUUGAUCCGGUUCUGACCCACUGAUCCAGUUUUGAUCCAGUUCUGAUCCAGUUUUGAUCCGGUUCUGACCCACUGAUUCAGUUUUGAUCUGGUUCUGACCCACUGAUCCGGUUUUGAUCUGGUUCUGGUGCCUCUCAGGUCCAGUUUUGCGUAUCCGGGGAACUCUCUGCUGAUUGGACGCUCAGCUCCUCCUCCAUGUUUUUAUAACGCAGCUUCCUCCUCCUCCUCUUCCUCAGUCUCAUCAUCAGAACAGUGAGGUCAUCUUCAUCAUCCUCCUCCUCAUCAUGAACUUCCUUCUCAGCACUUUAGUUUGUCGGGACCAAAGAGUCGGAAGGUUUCUGGAAAAGUUCUGUUGGUUCUGCCGCCUUAAAGCUUCGCUCACCAAAGGAAAACAGAAGCAUGACAUGACUACACUAACCACGGCCCGCCAGCAGGGGGCGCACACAGACCGCCGCGCUCUGGCUGCAUCAUGAGCUGCACAUUUCUUCUCUGUUUUUGAUUUUCUGUCGGCUGGCGCCUCCAUGGAGCUUCUCAUGAUUCUUUUAUUUAUAUGAAAUUGUUCUGAUUCUUCUUCAGCUGUGACUCAUUAAACCGCGGGGACUCAGUUAUUUGUAAAUAAAGUAUAAAUACUGUAUGUUACAA